GAGCCAAUCAGCGAGCUCUCGGUAGAGGAGCGUUACCUUUUAUUCAGAUCCACAAACUCGAGGCCCAGCAGUGUGACCUCUGACUUCACCUCAGACAGCACGUCUCACUCUCCAUAUCACACACACACGCUUACACACAUUUAUACACACUCUAACACACACACACUUAUACAUAAUCCUAUACACACAGUGUGUUUUCCCUCAGUGUGUGUGUGUGUGUGUGAGCUGCGGUACUACACCAUGUCCUCCGCGGUGGCUGAAGGUCCGGGGAAGGCGCGGGUGGAUCACCUGCUGAGCGCCGUGGAGAGCGAGCUGCAGGCGGGCAGCGAGAAGGGAGACCCCACGGAGCGGGAGCUGCAGGUCCGCCUGGACGAGGAGGAGCUGUGGAAGAAGUUCAGGGAGCUCACCAACGAGAUGAUAGUGACCAAGAACGGGAGGCGCAUGUUCCCCGUGCUGAAGGUGAAUGUGUCGGGUCUGGACCCCAGCGCUAUGUACUCUGUCCUGCUGGACUUUGUGGCGGCAGACAGUCACCGGUGGAAGUACGUGAACGGGGAGUGGGUGGCAGGCGGCCGGCCAGAGCCGCAGGGACCCAGCUGUGUGUACAUGCACCCGGACUCACCCAACUUCGGAGCGCACUGGAUGAAGGCCCCGGUCUCCUUCAGCAAAGUUAAACUCACCAACAAAUUAAACGGAGGCGGACAGAUCAUGUUAAACUCACUGCACAAGUAUGAACCACGUAUCCAUAUAGUGCGCGUUGGAGCCCCACAGAGAAUGGUCACCAGUCACGCUUUCCCUGAAACCCAGUUCAUAGCCGUCACUGCAUACCAGAAUGAAGAGAUCACUGCCCUCAAAAUAAAACACAACCCAUUCGCCAAAGCUUUCCUCGAUGCCAAAGAAAGAAGUGAUCAUAAGGAAAUAACAGAUGAUGGAAAUGACAGCCAGCAGUCAAGCUAUGCUCAAUUAAGUGGCUGGUUUUUACCUGGAUCAGGAUCAAUCUGCCCGCCUGCAAACUCUCACCCUCAGUUCAGCAGUCCUCUGUCUCUGUCGGCGUCUCACGGCUGUGAGCGUUAUUCCACUCUGAGGAGUCACCGGACUUCACCCUACCCCAGCCCUUAUCCUCACAGAACAGCGUCGCCCACUGGAUACUCAGAGAACCCCUCAGCCUGUCUGUCCAUGCUGCCGUCCCACGAGAACUGGUCCAGUCUACAGAUGUCCUCUCACACUGGCAUGGUCCCCAUGAGCCAGCAUUCUCCUCCAAACUCCAACUCCAGUCAGUACACCAGUCUGUGGACUGUGGGAAACGCUCCCCUGACUCCAGUCUCUCAGUCAGGUGGGAUGGUCAGCAGCCUGAGCUCUGGGUUUCUCUGUGGCUCCGCCGGCCACUACACCGGCCUGUCUCACCCCAGCACAGUGCCCUCGUCUGGGUCCCCGCUGUACGACGGCACUCCAGCCCACGAGGUGCACGAAGCUUCUCCAUACGACGGCUCCACCCACGUACGGCUCCCCACGGCCUGGACGCCCAUUACACCCACUUCAAUAUAGACCAUCCAGCUCCACGCACUGAUUCCCCAGUGAGAGCAGGAGCUUCUGAACUAGCACUCUUAUCUCUGUAACAGAAGAACGUCUGUGCAUCAAUUCGAAUUAAGAAAAAAGGACAGCCAGACCAAAUACAGGCCUGAAGCCUGACUGUAAAUAUAAAUAACUGCUUCCUCACAUGCUGCCACCGGCCCUCUGAUGCCUAAAUAUCAGUAUUUGUGCAACAUUUUACUGUAUAAUAUGAUAAUGUGUGUUUAUUUAUAGUUUUCUAAUGCGUAGCGUGACUCAUUUUUGGUGUCAUGUACAGACAAUCAUUUGUACAAAGUGUAAAUGUCAGUAUUGUUAAAAAAUGAUUUAUUUUUUUGUCUCAGGAAAGUGGUUUCAGCGUUAAUGCUUCACAUACUGGCCUUUAUGUGUGAUGUCUGUUACAGCAUUGCUGUGCAACGACUACAGAGCUACUGAAUUUUCAUUAAAAAA